AUGAUCCUCUCCCUAGCUGCAGCCAUGAGCAGUGGUGGCCUUCCCCAGAACACUACUUCCUCUGCAACCUUUGAUCCCUCAUCCCUGGACCCCUGGCUUGACCCUUACCCUGACCUCCCUGGGGUCAACUCCUCCUCCGCAGUCCCCGUCCGCACCUCCACAUCUGACCUUGAUCUACGACCUCUGACCUCACCCCAGGAUGUCAGCCCAUGGGACGUGGCAUUAUGUGUCACAGGAACCCUCAUCUCCUGUGAGAAUGCUCUGGUCAUUGCUGUCCUGUUCUACACGCCGACCCUUCGAGCUCCUAUGUUCAUCCUGAUUGGUUCGCUGGCGUUCGCCGACCUCCUGGCGGGUCUCGGACUCAUCCUAAACUUUGUCUUCAUCUAUCUGGUCAAGGGAGAGGUCGUGACCUUGGUUUCCACGGGGAUACUUAUCGUGGCGUUCUCUGCGUCCAUUUUGAAUAUCCUGGCGAUCACUGUGGACAGGUACCUGUCGCUGUACAACGCGUUGACCUAUCACACCGAACGGACUGUCCUCUUCACGUACCUAGUAAUCGGGCUCAUCUGGUUGGUGGGUCUGAUCCUUGGAGUCCUCCCUGCCCUCGGGUGGAACUGUCUAGACGACGAAACGACUUGUAGCGUAUGCCGACCAGUCACGAAAUCCAACGCCGUUGCACUCGCCAUCUUCUUCCUAUUGGUCUUCGCAGUCAUGAUGCAACUCUACCUGCAGAUCUGUAGGAUUGCGUUCCGACAUGCUCAGCAAAUCGCAGUCCAACAUCAAUUCAUCGCCAUUUCCACGACCAAAGGAGUCCAGACACUCUCUGUGAUUCUCUGCGCUUUCGCUACGUGUUGGUUGCCGUUCGCAAUGUAUUCUAUAGUGGCGGACUCGAGUUAUCCUAUAAUAUAUACAUACGCCACUGUGCUGCCGGCGGCGUGUAAUUCAGUUAUAAAUCCAAUUAUAUACGCUUUCAGGAACCCGGAUAUACAGAAGGGGUUGUGGUUGGCAUGCUGUGGGUGUGUCCCGUCAAAUUUGAGUCUCAGACCGAGGGCGAGGACCUCCAGUGAUGUAUAGGGAACCUAAACAUACAGAAAGUUUGAUUAACUGGCCCAGAGCGUGUGGAGGACGUUGCCAGGCCAACGGGGAGAUGGGAAUGUCGAGCCCUGGAGAAGGGCUUCUGGCUGCGACCCCUCCAAUCUCUCCCUCCCACCAUACAUCCAGUGAUGUAGAGGUAGGGGUGUUUGGGUCGUCAGAGGAAGUGGAUCCCCCCUCCUCCCCCCUUUCUCUAGGGGUGUGUUGACGUCAAGGCAAGAUGGCACCCCUCCUCGAACCUCUGACGAUGUAUAGGGUGUGGGGCGUGGUGAGGUCAAGGUUCAAAGGUACUAACAAGGCAAGGUCGACCCCCUCUUAGGACCUCCAGUCUCCAACAAUGUCUAGGUUUGGGGUAUGGUGACGUCAGAACAGGGUGUCAAGGAGAAAUGUGGCCCAGUCCACACCUCACCUGCCUAGGGCUGAGGCCAGUGUUGGGUGGCGGGUGUGGCUCCCCCUAGUCAUACGUUGAGGUGGCAUGUACUGGACUGAGAAGGUCUGGGAUGCAUUAGCCUGGGUCUAGCCCUACCCAAGCUCACUGGAUAGAGAUGGUAGUAGUGGACUGUGACUGUGUGUGGGGCUAAGGUGAAACACUUAUAGGCCUCUACAAUGCUUCUAGCUCAUAAGGUGAGCAUGAGUAGUAGAGAGCCUAGUAGGAGUUGGUUGGAAGAUGAUAAGGAGUCUUCAUAAACACAAGAUGAGCUAACUCACUUAUGAUGAGCAAACUAGCCGACCAUGGUAAUGUGUGUUAGGGGUACUAGAGAAAACCUCAAGGGUACUAGAACCUUGAGGUUUUCAGUGAGGUGUCAUUUGAGAGAUUCUUUAAAGCUAGACUCCUUAGUUGCUACAUCCAUUUUUGGACUUACAAAUGACUGAUAUAUACCCAUUGGUUAUUGAAAAAUAUAACUUCUAAAUGCCUCAUGAGCAUGUAUCAACUGUCAUACAUUGUCAUUGUUUUAUUUAAGGAUUCUAGCUUUAAACUAUCCUGCUUAAGUUGUCAUGCCCCAAGAAUCGUGUUGCAAAUGAUGACUAUAACCGGCAUUAGAAAACCAAUAAUAAUUGUUAUAUCCAAGUCACAAAGCUACACAAACAAACAAACAAACAAAACCAAUAUGAAGUCAUCAUGUUUAACCUUAAAGAAAAAACAUACAUUUGUAGAAAAGCCCAAACUUUUAAAACAUUCCCAUUGCUAUCAACACAAAACAAACCAUUAAACAAACCUACAUUCAGGAGGUAUAAAAAUAGAAUAAAAGUACUAGAAUUCCUAGAAAUCUACAUUUUCUAUGGUUAUCAUGAUGGCGAGAAAUGCAUCUAAAACAUUCUAAACCUGUUUCAGCACCAUGGACUUUCCCUAGCAAAUCUAGCCACUAUCACCAAGCAACGAGAGCUCAUUUCAGCACCAUGGAUAGCGACCGGGGAACCAAUGCUCAUAGUCCCUACUAGCCACUGAUGUAAGGUCAGUUUUGUGUUUUCCCAUUUAUUGGUUAAGGUUAGAAUUCAGGAAGUGUAAUCUGAUUCUAAAUCCCUGUCUAAGCCAAGGGAAAUUCUACCCUUGGAGCCAGCUAUUCAGACCGUUGUUUUCACACAGUUCGUAUGUUGUAGGGUUUAAUAAUGUAUUAUAAAACAGCCGUGGCGUUGAGAGAAAGAGGGAGCACAGGCCCAUGAGUUUUAGAUUAACAGGAUCUUCCCAGGCAGACAGAGAGAGAGCGAUGACAAUAUGUGUGUGUCACAGCCGACGACUCGUGUUUGCAGAAGCUUUGGUCGGGUUCCGUAAUGAUGUAAAGGGUUCUACCUUUCUAAAUGUUGCAAAGGGUUCUAAAUGAUAGCAGAUGUAGAUAACCGUUGGAGGUAUCUGUCAUAUCUAUCAGUUAGCUUAUUAGAAUAGUGUGACAUGCAAUCAUAACAAUUAAUAUACAUCUGAAUUAAAUGUAUUAUUUGAUAUCAUUAUAAUGGAGUUGAAUUUGAAUUUAAACUAGGCCUUUUGAAAACUUAGUAUAUGUAGGUUUUAAAGCCUUGAUUCAGCCAGACAAGUUAAACAAUAAUGAUUGAUCAACAUCCAUCUGUCAACCGACAAUGUAAGCAGUAUAUUGAUUAUCCAUCAUGUCAGAUGAACAGACAUCGAUCCAAAUCCGAUAGGGUGUCUAUCAAUAAGAUGGCGAUGCAUGGACGACACAGCACUAGACAACAACAGAACACCAGAACGUUUCCUGAAACACAAAACACACAUUCCGUUACAUAGGCUCUAGGUUCCAUAUUCAUUAUGUUAUUGGCCUCAUUUCCCCUCUUCAUAUCUAGGUCUCUACACAAGUUUCAAACCACAUGCUCCCUCUCGGCUCUGCAUCUCUGGAUGUCUGCAAUAGAGGGAAGCUGACGUGUCAUAGCCAGCCUCGGGAAGGCUCAAUGGUGCAGCAUGUUAAUAACCACCAAGAUACACUAUACAAGCUGUAACUCGCCUAGCUUCACCCUGAUGUGGGUGCUAACAAGCUAGCAAGCAUGCUCAUUAGUGCUAGGUAUCAACAGCCAUUGUCACCCAAUCCAGUAAGGGCUGGAAGUUACAAUGAGCUGGAAGCGGGGUCACUCACGCCGCAAUGUGGCGUAUAAAGUUUAGCUUUGCCCAUCUUUAGUCCCGCCCUGUGCUCAACAGUCCCCCGUUCACUCUUCUUCUCUUCACUCUCCUUGCAUUGAAAAUGAAUGGGAAGCCAUUGUUGCACCGCACGGUGCUGUCUCUAGUGUAUCCAGGUCAUAAGGUUUUGAUAGGUGAGCCACCAGGUGCGACGCGGUAGGGUAAUGUGACCCGUGUUCACACAUCGAUAGUUUCACACACACACACACACACACAGAUUAUACUGAUGAAAGGGUAGCUUUUUUUAUCAGCUAACCCGCUGAUAUACAUAGGCCCUUAGUGAUGGUGAUAGCGGUGUGGUAAGAUUGUAAUACUGUGUCAUAAUACCUUGAAAUGGCUUCCUUUCAUUGUCUCCUUUCUUACACACGCUCGGAUAGGUGAAAGUCAAUGGAUAGGUGGUUAGUAAAGGAGAGGAGACGAGGAGAGGAAGCGAAUUAAGACUAUUAAGAUGUAGCCCAAACUGUAAAGAAAACAGAUGUCCUUUUCCCUCCAUGACUUCUGAUACUGGAGCUUAUGUGGAAAGACUUGCUACAUUAAGGUGAAGAGACGAGGAGAGGAAGCAAAUCAUUACUAUUAGGAUGUAGCUCCUAACUCCAAAUUAAACAGAAAUUGAGAUUUUUCUUUAAAAAUCUUUCUGAUUAGCAAACAUGUUUGUUUGUCAUCUCACAACUAUGAUUUUGCAACUGUAUCCACUGUACUGAAAAACAACAACAAUUGUAAAAGACUACUGUGGCCUGUGAGAUGUGCCAGCCAUUGGGUCUAUCUAUCGGUCAAUGGAGAGCUGGCUGUCUUAUGAGGGUAAGAGUUUUGCCUAUAGAGCAUGGUGUUUAAAAAUGACUAAAUGAAGGCAAAUUGUACAGAAAGAUUUGGAUAUUGUCAAUGAGCCAUCGUCACUUUUCAAGUGUAUUACACGAUUCCACGCUUUUACUGAAGAGAAAACGUAUCAAAAACAAAUAACAAAAAAAUAUAACAAACAACUCUCAAAAUGGCACACAUACAGGACUGGAGAACUUCUUUAGGAAAUGAUCAUGGAAUUUUUCUACAUUGUAAAGUGGUGUUUUUUAAAAAUGGUUUUCUAUUCAGCGGGAUUGACGACCAAAAACAAUCACAUGCUUUCGCGGUUAGCCUGUGUCCCAAAUGGCACCCGAUUCCUUAUAUAGUGCACUUUUGACCAGAGCUGUAUGGGCCCUGCAAAGUAGUGCACUGCUAGCUACAAUCGAGAGAGAGUGUUAACUGGACCUAAAUGCAGAGAGAAUCUAUUCAAAUCAAACUCUCACUACCUUAAACUUUCAAUAAUGAAAAAUAGACAUAAAUAUUGGUUAGCAUAUAUCAACAAAAAACAUUUUUGACCACCAUAUGACUGAUUAUAAAUCGAGAUAUGUAUUACCUGCUUGUGUCAGCCUUUAAAUGCACAAGACAACAUAUGUAUAUUGGGGUCUGCUGUGUACUCCUCUCUCUUGGGGUGUAUUAACUAAGACCAUUAAACAGAACCAAACGGAAGCAGAAGCAAACGGCGAUGGACCAACUUGAAUUUGUUUUUGUUGCAAGACAUUUUACGUUUGAAGUAAAACAUUUCAGUUACAAAGCAUUUUGCUACCAUUUCUGACUUAAUGAAUACACCCCUGGUCACUCUCUGAUGGAAACGUGCAUAACCACUGUGGUGAACACUCAAAACUCUGUGUUUUUAUGUGAGGUGCCCAUUUGUGAAUGGGAAUAUACCACUCUGUCAUCCCUGUAGAACGGGGGUGGGACUACCUAGCACCGUGUGUGUGUGUCUGUCACCCCCUGGUUCAUAUUGCCAAUACUGUAUUGUAAUGUGAUGCAACAAAAAACAGACACUGUAAACAGGAGAUGGUCAGGCUCCUUUCCUGGAGGGCUGCAGCACACCCGUGGCCUGUUCAUUUGGGAUUUGGGCACGCAACGGAAGACAUUAUAAAACCCCUUGCAAAAGUCCAGGUAGUUCCUUCUAGUUUCAGUCCAUUUUCUUCCAUUUGGUGCCUAAUGAUCACGACCCAGCCGAUCCUCAUCCUUGACUUUAAAUGAAUGUCAUUAUUUACACUUUAUAGCUUUGUGAGCACUUUAUAGCCAAUCAUUGACGCUAAUUUGUUAAUUGGUCAAUUGGUCAAUUAACUGAGGAAUGAAAACUACAGCAGACACUGUGGCCCUCCAGGAUAAAAGCUUCCCUUUCUUAUUCAUAAACACAUCAAGAUGGGCCACACAUAUUGCUGUAGGCAUACCUUUAUAAUCGAAUCAAAUUGUAUUAGUCACAUGCGCCCGAAUACAACAGGUGUAGACCUUACUGUGAAAUUCUUCUUUAUGAGUCCCUAACCCCUAACAAUGC